GUACCCGAACAGCCAUUCUGUGAGAUCAGAGAAUUCAACCUUCAAAAAGAAUCGUGUUGAAAAGAUUGUUGAGAUACAAUUCGAAGCUUAAUUGCUCGAGGAACAAAUUUUCUCCGUCUCUUGUUCGAGGAGAAUAAUAUUAAGGUCUCUGAGAAUGGCGAGAGAUAGCUGCUUGGCUCGAGUUACUGCGGGAGUUGCCGUUGGUGGCGCUGUAGGUGGAGCCGUCGGUGCUGUUUAUGGGACUUAUGAGGCCAUUAGGUUUAAGGUGCCAGGGCUUCUGAAGAUCAGGUAUAUUGGACAAACAACACUUGGAAGUGCUGCCAUAUUUGGCCUUUUCUUGGGGGCAGGGAGUUUGAUACAUUGUGGAAAGUCAUACUGAAUCACAAGUUCCUGAAUUUGGAUGAGAUAAUAUUGUUUGCUUUUAGUUUCCUUGCUUUUCAACAUGAAGUUAUUGCAGACGGUCAUUUGUUUAGUUAAAAGGUUCCGUUUGUUUUAGUUUAAGGAACAAAAUGGUCAAUUGAUGAUGCCUUCAACCCUACUUGGAUGUGAAGUUUUCAAGUUUUGUUUGCC